AUGAGGGAGCGAGGGCGACGGCUGGGAGGCAGCCCUGCGGACAGGCAGGCUACCGACGUCCUCUGGCGGCGGCUGGCGAGGGCGAGGGCGAGCGAGGCAGCCUUGCGGAUAUGCAGGCUACUGAUGGCGACAUCCGCUGGCGGCGCGCAGAUGGGGAGGCUGACGGUGAGGGCAUGGAUCCCGUCGUCGCAGGCGAUUGCCAAGGGCGAGGGAGAGGGAGACGAGCGGUGGUUAUGGCACGGAGGACACACGGGCGGCACGGGAAUGUGGUGGGGGUGGGGUUUUGGGUGUGGACAAAUGACCACGUGUGUUCUUCCCCUGCCAGAUGACUGCUGGGCGGAGCCAAAACGUGAUGCAACGGGCAAUCUGGUGGCCAACACCAAGACGUUCCCGCACGGGAUCAAGGCGCUGGCGGACUACGUCCACAGCAAGGGGCUCAAGCUCGGGAUCUACUCCGACGCCGGGUUUCAGACCUGCGCCAAGGCCCAGUCCGGCUCCCUCGGCCACGAGGAGCAGGACGCCAAGACCUUCGCGGCAUGGGUGAGUGAACACCACCAUCUGGGAGUCGAUUACCUCAAGUACGACAACUGCAACAACGGCGACCUCAAGCCGUUGGAGAGGGGCGACAUACACCCGGCGCGGUGGGGCGCGGCCUACGGCAACAGCUGGAGGACCACCAACGACAUCGCCGGCAACUGGGAAAGCAUGAUCGCAACGGCGGACCAGAACGAGGUGUGGGCGGAGUACGCGCGCCCCGGCGGCUGGAACGAUCCGGACAUGCUGGAGGUGGGCAACGGGGCGAUGACCAACAGCGAGUACGUCGUGCACUUCAGCCUCUGGGCCAUGUCCAAGGCGCCGCUCAUCAUCGGCUGCGACGUGAGGCACAUGUCGCAGGAGACGUACGGCAUCCUGGCCAACAAGGAGGUGAUCGCCGUCAACCAAGAUCCACUCGGCGUGCAGGGGAAGAAGGUGAGGAUGGAGGGGAGCAACGAGAUCUGGGCGGCGCCGCUGUCGGACUACCGGACGGCGGUGGUGCUGCUGAACCGGCACGCGACGGACGGGGCCACCAUCACCGCGCACUGGGACGACGUCGGCCUCCCCGCCGGCCUGGCCGUCGAGGCCAGGGACCUGUGGCAGCACAAGACGCUGGACGGCGCGUUCACGGACAGGAUGGCGUUCGACGUCGCGGCGCGGUCGUGCAGGAUGUUCGUGCUCAGGCCCAGGCUCCCCAUGAAAGCAUAGCAUUGCGCGGCGGCGCCGGGGCCGCGCGAACGGACCGACGACGGAGCACGCUGGUGGCCGGCGGGCGGCGGCGACGCCGCGGCGGCGGUGUGGUGGUGGGUAUUGGGCGAAUUGUGUGUACUUGCUACUUUGCAUUAACAGCCAUUAAGGGAAUUUGCCACAGGCUA